AUGGCAUCUCUGGCGGAGCUUGGAGAGCUACCGGAGGGCGUUGUGUCCCUGCUGGAUACAGACCUUUAUAAGUUGACGAUGCAAUGUGCCAUCUUAAUGUACAUGCCGGACAUCCGUACGUCAGAAGCUCCACCAAUGGUUGCAUUUUACUCAUACUUCGCAGAGGUCACGUAUGCCUUCACGAACCGCACUCCAGAGAUGCGGCUUAAUAGAAUCGCUUUCAAUUGGCUCAGAGAGCAAGUCAGUAGGCUUGGCAACCACUUCCUCACACCCGACGAGAAGCAAUACCUGCGGGAGACCUGUCCCUACUUCAGUGAUACCUACCUUCGCUUCCUGGGUACCUUCAAGCUCAACCCAGCUAGCCAAGUCAAGAUGACCUUCAAACCUGUCAAAGAUACAAGAAGCCUAGGUGAUGUGGGCGAUAUUUCGAUAGAAGUAGGAGGGGCAUGGCUUGACACUAUACUCUACGAAAUUCCUUUACUUGCAUUGACAAGCGAAGCCUACUUUCGCUUCUGUGAAAGAGACUGGGAUCGUGACGGGCAAGAGGAGAAAGCAUACGAAAAGGCGACGACUCUGAUAGAACAUGGCUGUAAUUUCUCAGAGUUUGGGACCAGGAGACGGCGCGACUAUCAUACUCAGGAAUUGGUUAUGCAAGGUUUGACAAGAGCAGCGGCUGAGGGGAGAGAGAAAGGGCUAUCUGGCAGGCUCAGCGGUACAAGCAAUGUUCACUUUGCAAUGAAGCACGGUCUACAGCCAAUUGGGACGGUAGCGCACGAGUGGUUCAUGGGGAUUGCGUCAAUCACAGACGACUAUGAGCAUGCAAGUGAGACUGCGUUGAGAUACUGGGUCGGAUGUUUUGGAGAGGGUGUGCUCGGCAUUGCAUUGACAGACACCUUUGGAACCCCAAUCUUCCUCAAAGCUUUCAAGAAGGCGAUGCCCAAUAUUGCUGAAGCGAAAAUGGAUUCAUCACCGACAACCCUGCGACCCGAAGCACCACGCCCAGCCAUUACUGAUAGCAGCACUGUCGUCAAUGUCAACCCGGCGAACAUAGCAUCAUUGAAGGUCGAUGACUCGGACGCUAAGCCGAGGUCUUAUGCCGAAACCUUCACUGGUGUACGACAAGAUUCUGGUGAUCCGCUAGAAUUCGUACAGCUCAUGCGUGACUUCUAUGAUAGUCAAGGCAUAACUGACAAGAAGACCCUUGUCUUCUCUGAUUCUCUAAACAUCGAUCUCUGUCUGAAAUAUAAAGAAGCAGCGGAAAAGGCAGGCUUCGCCCCAACUUUCGGGAUCGGUACCUAUUUGACUAACGACUUCGUGCAUAUGUUGACCGGCAAGAAAUCAGCGCCGCUCAACAUCGUCAUCAAGCUCUUCUCUGCUUCGGGGCGGCCAGCGAUCAAGAUCAGUGACAAUGUCGGUAAGAACACCGGGGAUUCCGAGACAGUCUCAAAGGUCAAGGAAAGCCUUGGGUAUAAAGAAAAGGAAUGGGCGCAAGGUGAUGAGCGCACACGCUGGGGACAGGGAGAUCAAGAAGCGUCGGCUGCAGAGGUCCAGGCAUAA